AUGGACAUUUCGGCGGCGAUGUUGAGGAGUGCCUGGUUGUCGUUCGCCUUCGUGCUGGCCGGACUCGAUCGGAAAGAAGAAGCAGUCGAUUUUGUUGUUGUGUCUGGUUUUGGUGGUACUGUUUUUUUCGGGUCGGGUUUUGGUGCUGGUUUCGGAUGUGGUGAAGUUGGAUCGGGUUUUGGUGCUGGUUUCGGGUUUGGCGAAGUUGGGUCGGGUUUUGGUGUUGGUUUUGGGUGUGGUGAAGUUGGGUCGGGUUUUGGUGCUGGUUUGGGAUUUGGUGCUGGUUUUGGUUGUGGUGAAGUUGGGUCGGGUUUUGUUUCUGGUUUCGAAUGUGGCGAAGUUGGGUCGGGUUUUGGUGCUGGUUUUGGAGUUGGUGCUGGCUUUGGGUGUGGUGAAGUUGGGUCGGGUUUUGUUUCUGGUUUCGAAUGUGGCGAAGUUGGGUCGGGUUUUGGUGCUGGUUUUGGAGUUGGUGCUGGUUUGGGGUGUGGUGAAGUUGGGUCGGGUUUUGUUUCUGGUUUUGAAUGUGGCGAAGUUGGGUCGGGCUUUGGUGCUGGUAUCGGGCUUGGCGAAGGUGUUGAGUUUGAUUUGGGUGCGGGUUUAAGGUGCGGCGAUGUAGAGUUUGAUUCGGGUCCUUCGGGUUUCGGGUUUGGUGCUGGCUUUGGGUGUGGCGAUGAUGUUGAAUUUAAUUGUGGUACUAAUGCUGCCGGGUUAAUUGUGAUUAAUAGUGGUUUUGUGAUUAAGUCAUCGGGUUGGUUUUUAUCUUGGGCAUUUGUUGCGGUAAUGAGAAGGAAGAAGAAACUCAAAUUAGUUAACAUCAAAACAAAUCUUGGACAAGUGUUCAUCUUGAAUUUGCUUAACAAUACUUUUUAA